AUGUCUUUCUCCUGCCACCGUCAGCACGGGCCUGCGGACGUCAAGUCAAAGACGGGUAUACCUUUAGAGACAUCUAUAGAGGAUUUAAAAAGUUAUUUUAGUCCUCGUGUCAUAGGGGGUGAGAAUACCCCUGAAGGGUACGCCCCCCAUAUGGUAGCUAUACUGGUUGGAGAUGAAGUUAUUAGACUAAUACUCUGUGGGGGUUCCCUAGUGAAGUCUAAUCUGGUAAUGACUGCAGCCCACUGCCUUACAGAUUUUCAUGUAGCGGGAGGCCUAACGCAUUUAUUCCACGCAGUAGUAGGAUCAAACAACUGGAAUACAGGAGGCAUAAGAGUUGAGUUCCAGAACUACCAUAUGCACCCAGAAUGGGACCCUGUCCUCAUUAAGAACGACAUUGGUUUCCUGUGCCUCACAAAGAAGGUGGAAUUGAGUAAACAUUUGCAACUAGCUGUCCUGAACUUUGAUUUUGUGGGAGUAGAAGCAAGUUCUGUGACAGGAUGGGGAUGGGUGGCGCAAUGGGCUCUCAUGCCGUUCCACCUCCAAGUCUUGGAGGUGACCACACUGUCUCCUGAAGAUUGUGUUGAAAGGGUCCUUGAAGCGAGCUCCAUCUGGUGGCCCAAUGCCCCUCAUGUGGACCCCACCAUUGAGAUCUGUACCUUGCAUUCGACUGGUCGUGGCUUAUGCUUUGGUGACUCUGGCAGCGCCCUUAUGUCAAAGGAAACUGGUACUCAAAUUGGAAUAGCAUCCUGGGCCUUCACGUGUGCUCGUGGUGUCCCUGACAUGUACGCAAGGAUCAGUGGAUUCAAGGACUACAUUCAGUCUAUCAUGGAACUAUAUUGA